GACCAAUGACGCCUGGAUUAGCUGUCCGGCAGGAGUUGAGGAGCUAGACCUUAACGGGGGCUAAGGGACUUUUAAAUAGCGACCCGGAACUGCUGAGUGUGUUAAGAAAAUCGGAAACGUCCCGGAAAAAGCGGGGCUUGUUGGGCGGUGGUGGGUAGCGUGAUGCUUACAUUGGCAAGCAAGCUGAAGCGGGAUGAUGGUGUUAAAGGAAGCCGAACUACUAGCACAACCUUGGAUUCAAUGCGCAGAAUCUCUGUCCGCGACAGAUUACUUGUGAAAGAAGUGGCGGAGUUGGAGGCAAAUUUGCCAUGUACCUGUAAAGUAAAUUUUCCUGACCCCAACAAGUUGCAUUACUUCCAUCUGACUGUGAGUCCAGAUGAAAGCUAUUACCAAGGAGGGAGAUUCCAGUUUGAAAUUGAAGUUCCAGAUGCCUAUAAUAUGGUGCCUCCAAAGGUGAAAUGUUUGACAAGGAUCUGGCAUCCCAACAUCACAGAGACAGGAGAAAUUUGUUUAAGUUUGCUAAGGGAACAUUCAAUUGAUGGAACGGGUUGGGCUCCGACAAGAACUUUAAAGGAUGUUGUGUGGGGAUUGAACUCCUUGUUUACAGAUCUAUUAAAUUUUGAUGAUCCUUUAAACAUUGAGGCAGCAGAGCAUCAUUUGAGGGAUAAGGAUGAGUAUCGGAAUAAAGUUGAGGAUUACAUCAAGCGUUACGCCAGAUGAUGCCACUGACCUUGAAUUCAAGCUCGGAUCCCUAUCAUGGAGAGACAGCCCACCAGCCUCUGUAGAGUCUCCAGAGCUGGAUAGGGGAGGAAACUGGAGAUCUCCUGGACAAGUUCUGCGUCUUCCUCCCCCACCCCCCCAAAGACUGAAGCAAACACUUAAUACCUCCAGCUCCUGCACUCUUUCCCCAGCUCACUGCCACCAGGACCUGAAAAUCCAACUUUACCCGUACCCCUCUAUUGGCUUCUGAUGUGUGUGCGCUUUCUCAAGAGGGACAUCAUAGUUUUGUAUUGUCUUUUAAUCUGCAAUAAGUUACAACUACAAAAAAAUCUUUAAAAAAAAAAUUAAAAUUGCUUGAAAUAAAAUAUGAGAAUAAGAAAACUUUUCCAGCACUGCAUAAAUUGCAGGCGAUACACUAAGCCUUCUCUGCCAGUGUUGCUAAUACAAAGCUAUUACAUGUCAAGGAAUAAUACUUUGGCUAAAUUUGAAAACCAAGAAUUCCUAUGUGGACAUUCUCAAA